AGAGCCCGUUACAGGACACGCCUUCGCCAAGCGGGCCGCCGCCUUCCUCUCUACCUCUUCCUCCUCCGCUGCUGCCGCCGCCCUUUUGCUUUCUCUUUCCCACAACUGGUAGCCGGCGGUGGCGCGGCCAUGGACAACGGCAACGUCUACAACGAGACUACCGAGCCCCAGGCCAAGCCCUCCCGUUUCUACGGAUGUACCCUGCGGCACCUGUGGGGAUGGCGGCUGCCGGCCAAAGCGCUCCAAGUGAUUCUCUCUCUUCUGGCUGUUAUUUGUGAAGAAAUGGUGGAGAAUUGUAUCAACUGUGGUGGACUUUACUUCUUUGAGUUCAUAAGCUGCACUGCCUUUCUUUUGAGCCUCCUGAUCCUAUGUGUAUAUUGCACUAAUGCAUAUGAAGUAUUGGGGAAAGAUAAAGUAGGGAAUGUGAACAUUUGGCUUGUGUCAGCUAUAGGUGUUUGUUUUCUGAUAGCAGCAACAGCACUUAGUGUGACAAGCUCUGAGUCUGCUGCUGCAAAAGCUGCAUGCGUAUUUGGGUUUCUUGCAAGUACUGCAUUUUUAGCUGAAAGUAUUACAGACUGCUUUCAUCGUCGGAAACAACACAUCGAUGGACACUCUGAAAAUCCUGCCCACACUCCGGGUGCCACAGAAAAUCAGCCAUUAAAUCAACAAAGCUAACUUUCUGGAAUUCAUUCUUUGUUGUUCUUUCUUUUUGGACUGGGGCAAAGUAAAAUGAACUUUCAGUGCACUGUAGGUAACAACUUUUGUCUCUUCAUUCCAGUCUAUUUUGUAUGCAUUGGUUAUUGCAAAUCUUGAUAGAUCCUUAAGUCAAGUAAUGGCAUCCUGAGCAUCAUGUUCUAAGGUCCUGCCACCUGUGCAGGUGACAUAGACUAAAACCACUCAUGUCUAAAUAGAGUAGCUUAAGGACAAUGAUGUGCUGAUCUGGUUUUGACAGAGGAGACUAAUCAAGGUUAACGUGUGAUGUAUAAAUUCUGAGCUAUAUCCUAAAGAUAUUUUCUCUAUAAAUGGACCAGCUAUUUCUGUUGAGAGUUAUAAAUUAGUAUGGCCGAAUUAAUUUUUAUACUUACUGGUCAAACUGUGAAGGAAAAGGGAUACCUAACUGGAGCCUUAUAGCAAUGCUUAUCCUUAAAUAAGGGCUUUUGUUUUUACUAUUCCUACAUCUCAGUUAAGUCUGUGGAGAUCAGUUUAAUGGAACAGCAACUACAGGGGUUUUAUAGGGAGGGGAAUGUGAUGGUGUAUUACAGCGGCAAUUUUGCACCCUAUUAUUGUCAAAGGUUGUACUUGUGUGCCAAAAUCUUCUUUCAGAUUGUUUCAAAAGCUGUGUAAGUUGCAGGAAGAAACUUGAAAAGCCAGCUGUGUGAGGAAAAAGGUGAAGAAUAAGUAUUUUUACAAACUUAACCCCAAAAGCAAUGAUCUGCACAUCAGUGGGAAUAUUGUUGUACAUUGAUAGUGGUGAAUGUUACUUCCCAGGUUAAUACCAUAUGCAGUUUUUUCAUGCAUAGAUAAUGGUAAGUUUUGCCAGGAUGGCUAUGGACCCCACCAUUUUCUUAGUUUAUAAAUAUGGCACUAGCUUGAGACUUUUUGCUACUGCUUAGCUCAGGUGGUAAACAGGAAAAUAAGCAUUGUACCUUUGGUUUGUCUUAACAACUGCAAGAAACACUAGUGAUACAACACGUGUCAGGCAAGUGACGGACGUAUCGGGCCAUAUGUUGAUGGCUGCAAAGGAAAUGCAGUGGUGAAAAGGUAUUUCUCAGAUGUGUAAAACAGAAGCAAGAUUGCUAGACUUCACUUAAGAGGAAAGCUCUUUGAAAGUAGAGCAAAUUGCUGUAAGCCAGGAGAUGUUCUAAAAUACCAAAAUAAAUGAGAAAAGGGCAAUUAUGCAAAAACAAUUCUUGAGUGCUUGUGACAUUUGCCAUGUCUUCCAGGCAGUAUCUCGAUUUCAUCAAUACCCUAGUCUGAAAAAAUUAUUCUCCUGUAACCUGCUGUGGCAGGAUUGAGACUAAGCCCUUCAGAAAUUGUCUUAGCAAGCUGUAUUUGGAAAAAGUUGAGUAAGCUGUUGUAAGAUAAAGGACUGUAAAAGAAGGUCAGAGUUUUUUUCCAGUGCUGCCACUUUCUGAUGCAUGUGAAUUUGUGAUGUUCUCUCUCUAAGGUCUGAGACUUAAACCUAACACUGCACUUUGUUUGAAGGAUGUAAAAUUUUAGCAAGUGGUAUGAAGCGUCAAGCUUUAGCUGUAGUUUGGUUUCAGAGCCAUGCAUAAGAGACAGACUUUACUUAACAGAAUUUCUUGCUUUGUGAAGAAGAACUCUUUAGGCAGGCCUUUUUAUUUUUUAUUUAUUUUUAUUUUUAUUUUGAUAUUGUCCAUUUGCCCAAAGCCUGAUCUCAUUCUGGGUGUACAGAGCUUGCUGUAGCUGCCUCUAAAUCAUAGAAUCAACUGGGUUGGAAAAGACCUUUAAGAUCAUCAAGUUCAACCUUUACUGAGGGCUGCCAAAACCACCACUAAAUCAUGUCACCAAGGGCCUCAUCUACACAGUGUUUGAACACUUCCAGGGAUGAUGAUUCCACCACUGCCUUGGGCAGCCUGUUCCAAUGCCUGAAGACCCUCUCUGUGAAGAAAUUUUUCCUAAUAGCCAACCUAAACCUCCCCUGGUGCAACUUGAGGCUGUUCCCUCUUGUCCUAGUGCUUGUUACCUGGGAGAAGAGACUGACCCCACCUCACUGCAACCUCCUGUCAGUUAGUUGUAGAGAGUGGUAAGGUUCCCCCUGAGCCUUUUCUAGACUAAACCCCCCAGGUCCCUCAGCCGUCCCCAUCACACUUGUGCUCCAGGCCCUUCACCAGCUCUGUUGCCCUUCUCUGGCUCCGCUCCAGCAUCUCAAUGUCUCUCUUGUAGUGAGGGGCCCAGAACCGAACACAGGAUUUGGGGUGCAGCCUCACCUGAGUAAGCUGAGUAGAUCAGAGAAGUUUGCUAGCAGUGUUACUGGUGAUACGAAUCUUGCCAUAAUGUCUCUGCUGUGAUUUGCAGUGUCUUUGGGGAUUGUGUCCAUAUCUACAGUUAACAUUCUAAGAUGGUGGUGGUUUUCCUAUUUUUUUUGUUACUGACCAGGAUUCUACAGAAUUUAUUUCCACACAAAAUAUCUGUAGUCUCUAAAUCUUGAUCUAUAAUUAAAAGCUAUAAAUACAGUAUGAAUAAUACUGUGCUGCUGAUAUUUAUUAAGCAGUGCAGUACAAUGACAGGACUUUUAUCUUGAGGUAAUUCUUCCCACAUUUUUUCUCAGUUUGAAAAGCUGUGAAUAGAGCUCUGGGUUGUGGUUGCCUUUCUGUAGACUUUUCCCCUCCUGAGUGCUUUGUUACCUCAGGAGGGGUUACCUUUGCUACCAGUGUCUGUUCCUGAAUUGGAGAUAAUGGUACCAUAAGGGAUCUGUAGAGUCACCUCUCUGCCUUGGCCUCCCUAUCUAUGAUAUCUCUGCUCAUACUGCAGGGAGAAACUGAAAUGCAAAGCAAGUUAUUUUUACUAAAAGGUGCCACAAGGAGCUGGUGUCAGAAGAAGUGACUCUCAGAUCUCCUGACUCUUGUAAUCUGACUAUUAGGCCCUUUGAAACAAAUACUGCCAACCUUUGCAGAACGGUUUGAUGGAUUCUCCUUCUACGUGUAUGCUGGCAUUCCUGGCAUGUUUUGGGUUAUUAGAGUGAGGGGAGUUUGGCAUGUGUUUUGUUUUCAUUUUUAGCUGUUCGAGCAGGUAGUCUAUACCCAUUCUCUCACCAACUGGCUGAUCCAUAAGAUUUGAGGAUCAGAGUCCUCUGACUGAAAAGUAUGUAAGUGGUGCUACUGUCUAAUGAAAACAACAAACAGCAGUCUUUGAGAAACUGGUUAGUUGUUUUCCCUUAUGGCAGAGGAGCUUACAAACAGGAAGAGCCCUGCUAUUCUUUACAACAAUACAUAUUGCUCCACUCCAGAUACAGCCUGUCACAUAGUAAUUAAAUACUACAAGGAAGUCAUAUAUUGGUUACAGGUUUAAGGAAAUUGCAAUAUUGUGGUUUAAAAACUAGUUGGUUAACAAAGCAGUUUCUGCACAGUGAUACUAUUAAUUUUAGGCUUUUAAGUACAAAGUGGUUCUUAAGUUCUUCAUGAUCUGCUUCAAAAUAGUUGUGAAGCAGAUUUGCCAGUGUGUAUGCUGCUCUCUGCUUCUUGUGAGGUCAUUUUUUUAACUGCAUUAUCAGCUCCCUAAGACGAAGCGGCAAGUGUGUGUCUCUCCUGGCUCUUCUGCCCUCCCAGGUAGAUGGGAGAGAGACUUCUUUGCUGCAGUGGCUGAGCAGACAGGUCUCCUGCAGUAUUUCCAUGAUGCAUCUGGUGUCAGAUCCAGGCUUUGAGCAUCUGCCUUGUAAUUGGCCUGAUCCCAGAGAAUGGUGUUGGAGCUGGAUUAAACAUCAGGAGCUCUGUGCAUGUUGCACUGUGGAUGGCUCUUACCUCUCCUGUACUCUGUCAGCAAAGUGGUCUGUUGGUUUCCCAGCCUGCUUCUGAUGAAAUCAGCCUGCUUUAUUUUAAUUGCUUAUGUUAAGAUAGCUGGUUUUGGACAAAGUGGCUCAGGAGAGUGGUGGGGGCUCUGGCAGAAGUGCUGUUACAAGCAGCUGUCCAAAUUUCUGCUUCUAUUUGCAAAGUAAACAUCUCUGUACAAUCUUAACUGGUAGUAAAACCUGUGGAAAGAAGCAACUGGCCCAGCACAUCUGUGUAGGGAUUGUCUUCUUCUACAACACUGUUCCUGGCAGUGGUGUUGUGAGCUUGCUCAGACACAUUAAGAGCUCUCUUGUUUUCCAGAUGAGCCCAUACAAAAGUAUUCAGAGGCUCUGCAGCCACUUUCAGGCUUUGUUUUCAGUGCCUCAAAAAUUGGUGAAGUUUCUCCAGGACAUGUGAGGACUUAUUAAGUGGCUGGACUGUGAAUUUCUGCUCUGAAAAUCUGCACGGGUAUUGUGCAGAUUGUGAAUGUUAAAUUUUGUGCGUGGCAUUUAGCCCACAUGAAAAUCACAAUGCUACCAGUGUCCUUUGAGUUCUGAACAUGUGAAGGAAUUGUUCCUCAGUGCUUGCACUCCAUGCCUAAAAAUAGCAGGAAAGAGCUGUGGUCUGUUACAAUUGAGUUCUACCUUUGUACCUGCUAACUUGAAAAAGCCAUGAGUUCUUUCACAUAUUUCUCGGAGCUGUGCGCAAGAUGUUUUUGCAUAAUGGCCACCAUGGUGGUCCUUGUUCACAUUUGUGCAAUAAAAAUACCAAGCUUGCUAAGCUGAAGGGAAAGAUGUAAAAUUUUUUGAGAGGUUAUAUCAAAUUGCAAUGAAUCAGGAUGCUGGAAGUGCCUUAAGAUGGAAAUUCAUCUCUGCUUUAGUCUAUUGCUGUAAACUUAAGCAGUUCUCUAGAUAUUAAAUUUUAUGCUGUUCAGAACUAUCACUUUUAUUCCUUAGAGAAUUUAAGUGACUUUUUAAUGAUGAUGAAAUCAGGAUGAUAAUAUAGUGGGUUUAUAUAUAUAAAAUAAAAAUUUUAUACAGUUUUGUUGCCAGUGUUGCCUUGAAUUUCCAUAAAAAUAACUUCAAAAUGUGUAUUUUUCCAUUCUAAACCUUUAAAAAUGUAUUGCACUUUUUGUGAUAUUGAGAACUUUCUAAAAUGUUUUAUUAUGAUUUUUUUAAAAAUAAAAUAUUAGUAAAUA